AUGGUGAGUGCUAUGCAUCCUGGAGAACAAGGUCAUGGUCUUCAAGGCUCAGCAAUAGACAAAAAUACUAAAGUUUCUACCUUGCUUCAGAUCAGCCUCAACGUGCCAGCUGGCUAUGAAGGUGUGGCUUUGGUUAAAGGUCAGGAGGAUAAGGAAGAAUGCAGGAAGGACAUUCAUGGAUUAGAAAGCAGUACUAACCUGACCGUAGGCUUCUUUGUCGCCUCAAAGUCGUGCGGUGUCACCCGAGUGAAAUCGGUGGAGCCAGCUGGAACUAAUUACACGAUGAUAUUGCAUCUCAAACACCGCGUCCCCCUUGGUGACCGGUGGCGAUCGAGCGUACCUCUUGCAGUGCUACAUCGGAAAGCCUUCAGAAGACCAGGAGCUAACUGCGGAUCUUGGCGUUAUGAAGGGGUAAGAAAUAGAAAUAAAAUAAAUAAAUGA